CAAACUGUGCUUCCUCUCGGGAAACCCCGCCUCCACGUUUCCAUGCAUUGGCGCGCAUCGCCUCUGCUCGCUGUGGAUCUCUGCUCCUCCCCGGUUGGUGGUCGCUGGUGCUGGACUGAAUCAUUAUCGGGCUGUGGGGUGCAAACACAUCAGGCAUGAGUGCGGCGGGUAGUGCUCGGUCCGGUUCGGCCGCCGGUCCGGUCCAGCAGGGACUAAAGGAGGCUCUGAUCGAGACGCUGACGGCCAUCCUUUCCCCGGUUCAAGAAGUGCGCACCGCUGCGGAGGAGCAGAUCAAAGUGCUGGAAGUGACAGAGGAGUUUGGUGUCCACCUGGCUGAACUCACAGUUGAUCCCCAGGGAGCACUCGCAAUCCGUCAGUUAGCGUCUGUCAUCCUGAAGCAGUAUGUGGAGACUCACUGGUGUUCCCAGUCAGAGAAGUUCAGACCUCCUGAAACAUCCGAUCAGGCUAAAGCAGCCAUCAGGGAGCUGCUGCCGAACGGUCUGCGGGAGGCGAUCAGCAAAGUGCGCUCCAGUGUUGCGUACGCCGUGUCGGCCAUCGCUCACUGGGACUGGCCCGAGGCUUGGCCGCAGCUUUUCACACUCUUGAUGGAGAUGCUGGUCAGCGGAGAUGUUAAUGCUGUACACGGGGCCAUGAGGGUCCUCACAGAGUUUACUCGAGAGGUGACAGAUACUCAGAUGCCGCUGGUGGCUCCUGUCAUCCUGCCUGAGAUGUACAAAAUCUUCACCAUGGCUGAGGUUUACAGUAUUCGUACCCGAUCUAGAGCAGUGGAGAUUUUCACAACUUGUGCCAACCUCAUCUGUGCAAUCGAAGAGCUUGAAAAGGGUGCAGCCAAAGCGUUGAUCUUCCCCGUGGUGCAGCAGUUCACAGAGGCGUUUGUGCAGGCUCUGCAGAUGCCUGAUGGACCCUCGUCCGACAGUGGACUCAAGAUGGAGGUCCUCAAGGCAGUCACAGCGUUGGUGAAGAACUUCCCCAAACCCAUGGUGUCCUCUAUGCAGCAGAUUUUACCCAUUGUUUGGAAUACACUGACUGAAAGUGCAGCUUUUUAUGUGCGAACAGAGGUCAACUACACAGAGGAAGUGGAUGACCCUGUAGACUCAGACGGUGAGGUUCUGGGCUUUGAGAAUCUGGUGUUCAGCAUCUUUGAGUUUGUCCACACACUACUGGAGAACAACAAGUUUAAGAGCACCGUGAAGAAAGCUCUGCCCGAGCUCAUCUACUACAUCAUCCUGUACAUGCAGAUCACUGAGGACCAGAUCAAAGUUUGGACGGCGAAUCCUCAGCAGUUUGUAGAGGACGAGGAUGACGACACCUUCUCGUACUCAGUCAGGAUCUCAGCACAGGACCUGCUGCUGGCUGUAGCUGCAGAGUUUCAGAACGAGAGCGCAGCAGCUCUGGCAGCAGCAGCGACCAGACACCUCCAGGAGGCAGAGCAGGCCAAGAACAGCGGCAAUGAGCACUGGUGGAAGAUCCAUGAGGCCUGCAUGUUAGCGCUGGGCUCUGUCAAAACCAUCAUCACAGAGAACGUGAAGAACGGACGGAUCCAGUUUGACAUGCACGGGUUUCUGGCCAGCGUGAUUCUUGCUGAUCUUAACCUGGCAGCGGCGUCUCCGUUCCUGCUCGGCCGAGCUCUGUGGGCGGCCAGUCGCUUCACGGCAGCCAUGUCACCUGAGCUCAUCCAGCAGUUCCUCCAGGCCACUGUCAGCGGCCUCCACGACAGCCAGGCGCCCUCCGUCCGCAUCUCCGCAGUCCGGGCCAUCUGGGGCUACUGUGAUCAGCUCAAACUGUCAGAGAGCACCCACGUCCUCCAGCCUUUCCUCCCCAGCAUCUUAGAGGGACUGGUUCAACUCGCCGCCCAGUUCAGCUCUGAGGUGCUCACCCUCGUUAUGGAGACCCUGUGCAUCGUGUGCACUGUCGACCCUGCCUUCACCACCAGCGCCGAGAAUAAGAUCUGCCCCCUCACCAUCGCUAUUUUCCUUAAAUAUAACAAUGACCCCGUUGUGGCGUCCCUGGCUCAGGACAUUUUUAAGGAACUGGCACAGAUUGAAGGCUGCCAGGUUCCCAUGCAGAUGCGUCUCAUCCCCACGCUGGUCAGCAUCAUGCAAGCUCCCCCUGACAAGAUCCCCACUGGACUCUGUGCUACAUCCAUAGACAUCCUGACCACAGUGGUCCGAAACACUAAACCUCCUCUGUCAGAGUUGCUGGUGUGUCAGGCUUUUCCUGUGGUGGCUCAGUGCACCUUACGCACCGACGACAACACAAUAAUGCAGAACGGUGGCGAGUGUCUGCGUGCGUACGUCUCCGUCGCCCUCGAGCAGAUCGCCCAGUGGAGGGACGCAGGAAACAGUGGCGUGUGGUACGUCAUGCAGGUGGUCAACCAGCUCCUGGACCCCCGGACUUCAGAGUUCACGGCCGCCUUCGUCGGCAGGUUGGUCUCCACUCUGAUCUCUCGAGCUGGAACGCAGCUGGGCGAACAGCUGGACCAGAUCCUCCGAGCCAUUCUGAGCAAGAUGCAGCAAGCGGAGACCCUGAGUGUGAUGCAGUCUCUGAUCAUGGUGUUCGCUCACCUGGUUCACUCCCAGCUGGAGCCUCUGUUGGAGUUCUUGUGCAGUCUGCCCGGCCCGACAGGGAAGCCUGCUCUGGAGUUCGUCAUGACAGAGUGGAUGAGCAGGCAGCACCUCUUUUACGGACAGUACGAGGGUAAAGUCAGCACCGUGCUCUCUGUAAGCUGCUGCAGCAUGGCCUCAACACAGACGACAACGCCUCCAAGACAUCGUUGUGAAGGGAGAGGAGAUCUACAGCCCGGAAGACGGCAUCCGUACUUCGCUCCAAAUCUGCAAAGAAUCCGGAGCGGUGGACCAACAUUCCUUUAGUAGUCAAGAUCUUUAAGUUGAUCAUCAAUGAGCUGUCGACGGUCGUAGAGGCAAAUGCCAGCAGAGCAAACCCAGCAGACUGGAGCCAAGAUUCGAGUGGUAUGUGGGAGGACAAUGCAGAGGAAGGGGGGGAGGAUGAAGACGACGAGGAUGAAGGGCUCGCAGGGCAGCUGCUUUCUGAUCUCAUCGCCUCCAACAAAUAC